CAAAACUGACUUAAAACAGCAACAUAAGAGAAGACCUGACUGUCUGACUCCUGAAUUUUUGACAUUUAACCCCCAAAAAAGGCUUAAAAGUCUAGCAGGCAUGAAAAGUGUAACGAAGCACACACCUUCAUCCAUCAGGUAUUGCAGAGAAACCAGUUCCAAUCCACUGAGCUGAGGAGACUUGUGUGCACCUAACGAUUCCGGCAAUGAUGCCGAGUGCUGAACAGCGUGUAGCCAGAUCUGCUUUCCAAGAUUUUCCGUCCAAUACCGGCCAUCCAUGGUUGACUAGUGACAGUAGAAGGACUAUAUAUAGUCCAACAUGUUCCUUUCGUUGGUCCUUCCAGGAAGUUUGCCAGGAUGAUUCCUUCGAUUGAGUUCAUACGAGGAAGCAAAAUUAUGCACGGCAGCGAGGAAUGAUACUCGCUGUGCUUGAAACAAAAAUACCGGAGUGAGACAUAUCAAACAACUCAAAUAAAUUAUACAAGUCAGAGAAACACAUGUGUUGGAUGGAUCACUUUUAUGAAAUAUAAAACCGGACCCUAAUUGAGUGCAAUAUUAACAUCCGUCACCAAUCAGAAAAAUACUUUCUAGAACAUGUUUGCCAGCUGUUGCAUUAGCAUGGCAAAAAAAAACAAUUUCUGAUUUUUAUUGGUUAUCAAGUACUGGUACCAAGAGCAACGACUUCUGAGUCAAUGGCAGAGACAUAACUAAGUGUGGCCUCAAGCCCCGUCCUUCACCAGUUUCCCCAUUUGCAUCACUAGGAGGGAGACGGUAGACAACCAAAGAGGGAAAAUAACUAUGCCGAUCGGAGAAGCUGUGCUGUCUGCCUUCAUGCAGGUACUUUUUGAGAAAGUGAUUUCAGCUGCUAUUGGUGAGCUGAAAUUCCCUCCAGACGUCAAGGAGGAGCUGCAGAACCUAUCGAGCAGCCUGUCGACAAUUCAAGCUCAUGUUGAAGAUGCCGAGGAGCGGCAACUGAAGGACAAGGCCGCACGCAGCUGGCUUGCCAAGCUCAAGGAAGUAGCGUAUGAGAUGGAUGACUUGCUUGAUGAAUAUGCAGCUGAGGCCCUCCAGUCCAAACUAGAAGAUCCGUCCAACCAUGACCAUCUGAAGAAGGUUAGGAGCUGUUUCUCCUGCUUUUGUUUGGAUAAUUGUUUAUUUAACCGCAAGAUAGUGCAACAAAUAAGGAAGAUCGAGGAGAAGCUUGAUAGGCUUGUCAAAGAAAGGCAGAUUUUUAGUUCGAACAUAAUUAGUGGGACUGAAAGGCAGGAGAUUAAAGAGAGGCCCAAGACAAGUUCACUGAUUGAUGACGCCAGUGUUUUUGGAAGGGAAAAAGAUAAAGAAACCAUCGUGAAGAUGUUGCUGACUCCUAAUAACUCAAAUCAUGCCAGCCUUUCCAUUCUUCCCAUAGUGGGUAUGGGGGGACUAGGAAAGACCACUCUAACACAGCUUGUCUACAAUGAUGCAAGAGUAAAGGAACACUUCCAUUUAAGGUUGUGGUUGUGUGUUUCUGAAAAUUUUGAUGAAAUGAAGCUUACAAAGGAAACCAUUGAGUCGGUCGCGAGUGGGUUCUCAUCGGCCACAACAAACAUGAACCUGCUUCAAGAAGACCUCUCAAAAAAGCUUCAAGGUAAAAGAUUUCUUCUAGUCCUUGAUGAUGUAUGGAAUGAGGAUCCUGAAAAAUGGGACAGGUAUCGGUGUGCUUUACUUACUGGGGAAAAGGGAAGCAGGAUUGUAGUUACAACACGAAACAACGAUGUGGGGAAACUAAUGGGCGGGAUGGCUCCUUAUCAUCUAAAGCAGUUAUCAGACAAUGAUUGCUGGAUGUUGUUCAAGAACCAUGCAUUUGUUGAUGGUGACUCCAGUGCACACCCGCAAUUGGAAAUAAUAGGCAAGGACAUAGUGAAGAAGCUGAAAGGCUUGCCACUAGCUGCAAAAGCAAUAGGCAGUUUAUUAUGUACCAGGUAUAUAGAGGAUGAUUGGAAAAACAUAUUACAGAGUGAAAUAUGGGAACUGCCAUCAGACAAGAACAAUAUACUGCCAGCUCUCAGAUUGAGUUACAGUCAUUUGCCUGCCAUACUGAAGCAAUGUUUUGCAUUUUGUUCAGUCUUUCCCAAAGAUUAUGUGUUUGAGAGGGGGAGAUUAGUUCAGAUCUGGAUGGCCCUUGGGUUCAUUCAGACUCAAGGAAGGAGAAGGUUGGAAGACAUUGGGAGUAGCUAUUUUGAUGAAUUACUAAGCAGGUCGUUCUUCCAACACCACAAAGAUGGAUAUGUGAUGCAUGAUGCCAUGCAUGACCUAGCCCAGUCUGUCUCCAUCGAUGAGUGCAUAAGGCUUGAGGACCCUCCAAGAAGCCCUGUAAGAAGUGCUAGGCAUCUGUCAUUCUCUUGUCACAAUAGAAGUUGGACUUCAUUUGAAGCUUUUCUUGAAUUUAAGAGAGCUCGCACACUUCUACUGCUAAAUGGAUAUAAAUCGACGACAAGUUCUAUCCCCAAAGAUAUGUUCUGCAAGCUAAAAUACCUCCACGUGCUUGAUUUGCACCGACGAGACAUUACUGAGCUGCCAGAGUCUGUUGGAAAUUUAAAAAUGAUUCGAUAUUUGAAUCUUUCUGGCACUGGCAUAACAAGGCUGCCCUCAUCCAUUGGUAGACUCUUCAGCUUGCAAACACUAAAGUUGCAACAUUGCCAUGUAUUAGAUUACCUGCCAGAGAGCAUAACCAAUCUUGUAAAUCUGCGAUGCCUAGAAGCAAGAGCAGAAUUGAUAGCUGGCAUAGCUGGAAUAGGGAACUUGGCCUGCCUUCAACAUUUGGAAGAAUUUGUUGUCCGUAAGGACAAAGGAUACAAGAUCAGUGAAUUGAAAGAGAUGCAGGGGAUCGUUGGACAUAUUUGUAUCAAGAAUCUCGAGAACGUGGCUAGUGCGGAAGAGGCAAAUGAAGCUUCGCUAAGCAAGAAGUCAAACAUCAACACUCUGCAUCUUGUAUGGUCUGAUAGGAGGCGCUUGACUUCGAAAAAAGCAGAUAAGGACAUGCAAAUACUUGAAUACCUCCAACCACAUCAUGAACUCAGUGAGCUUACAGUCAAGGCCUUUGCAGGCUUCUACUUUCCAAGUUGGUUAAGUAGACUCACUCACUUGCAAACCAUCCACCUGUCUGACUGUACAAACUGUUCAGUUUUACCAGCUCUUGGAGUGUUGCCCCUACUCAAAUUUUUAGAUAUUGGGGGCUUCCAUGGCAUUAUUCACAUCAACCAAGAAUUUUCAGGAACCAGUGGAAUUAAGGGGUUUCCAUCACUGAAGGAACUUGUAUUUGAAGAUAUGUCAAAUCUAGAAACGUGGACUUCUGUUCAAGAUGGUCAGUUGCUUCCAACGCUCACAGAACUUGCAGUGAUUGACUGUCCACUACUAGCAGAAUUCCCAUCUUUCCCAUCAUCAGUAGAGAAGCUCAAAAUUUCUGAAACAGGAUUCACUAUUCUUCCAGAAAUACACACUCCAAGCUCUCAAUUUCCACCAUCAUUGGCAUGCCUACAGAUUCACCAGUGCCCAAACCUUACAUCCUUAGAGCAUGGACUGCUUUGCCAGAAAUUAUUGGCGCUCCAGAAAUUAAUCAUCACAGGCUGUCCAGAAUUAACUGACCUGCCAGCUGAAGGAUUCAGAGGCCUCACUGCUCUUAAGAGUAUUCAUAUUUAUGAUUGUCCAAAGCUGGAACCACCCCGAGCGCAUAGCUUGCUGCCCUCCAUCCUUGAAGAUCUGCGCAUCAGUGCAUGCUCCAAUCUAAUUAAUACUCUUGUUCAAGAGUUUGAUGAGAUCUCCUCAUUGACAAAUCUCACCAUAACUAAUUGUGCCAGCCUUCAUUAUUUUCCAGUAAAGCUCCCUGCCACUCUGCAAAAGUUGGAGAUAUUCCAUUGCAGCAACCUGAGAAACUUGCCUCCUGGCCUAGAAGAAGCAUCAUGUUUAACAGCUAUUACCAUAUUGAAAUGUCCUCUUAUACCAUGCUUGCCAGAACAGGCCCUCCCACAAACACUGAAAGAGUUGUACAUCAAAGAAUGCCCGCUGCUAACAAAGAGUUGCCAGGGAGAAGAUUGGCAUAAAAUUGCUCAUGUACCAACCAUAGAGAUUGAAGACGAUAGUAUGACGACUGAAUGGAUCAUAAGAAGAAGAUCAUCCUGAAUGCAUCAUGACAAUACGACUGAGCUGCUUAUAUACUCCCUUUUUGUGGACCGUGCACAUGCUGCAAUGGCGCGAAUGGGUCAACAAUUACUUCUAUGCAUUGCGCGAAAGGAACUUGGAAACAGCUUUCCACCUUUGUGUGGAGUAACCAGUCACAAGAACAAUCUGGGAGGCGAUCGGGAUUGCAAUUGUUUCAAGCCAAGUUCCUACUCAUGCAUUAUUGACUGGUUCCGCGCUGUCAUAGGAAGAACCAAAACUGCAGUGCAUUCGCUGGCAAUUCUCAUCAUUUGGAGUGUUUCGAAAGAGCGAAACAAGAGAAUUUUCAUAUGGCAAGAAAUCUCCAUACAAGCCUUGGUAGGAAGAUCCAGGAUGAAGUGAGGAAUUGGUGCUCGGCGGGCGACAAAUUGCUUAAGCCCCUAGUUGUAAAGCCCAUUAGUGAGUAAUCAAUUACUUCUAUUUACCCAGCUUUGUGGUCUGCAAGGCAGGGACUUCAUUGCGCUCCUUGUGCAUGUAAUUCUAACUUCUCCUUAUUAAUAUAUGCUGGCAAGAUUAUGUCCGUGUCUUAAUAAAAAAAAACUCCCUAUUUCA